UGGACAAAGAACUGUCAAAGAAGUGUGUUUAUAAUUUUCUUCUACAUUUUUGAGGUUUUGCUUUUUCACGAAAAAUUAAUUUUAAGGUCGAAAUAAGAAGAGUUGCCCAUUUUUCAUGAUGUUUCUUUCCAGAUUUUCAUUUCGUUCGGGAAUUCGUUCCUUCAUGACAAUUCGAAGUCAGUCAACUCUCUCAGAAGCGAAACCCCAACCAACACAGCUGCCCAAAGUAAUUGUUGACGAAGAUGAAGAUCCCUCGUUGCAAGUUCCCGACUAUUUUAACGUUUACAACACAUUCACGGUGCGCGACUUGUUCAAUGCUCGCGUUCAUUACGGGCACAAAGAAGGUUCGCUCGACGAUCGGAUGCGCCCAUAUCUCUUCGGAUCACGUUUGGGUCACUUGAUUUUCGAUUUGGAUCAAACAGCGAGACAUUUACGUGAAGCGCUGAAUAUUACGGCGCACAUUGCUUUUCGUGGCGGUAUAAUUGUCUUUUUCAAUAGAAACCCGCAAACGGGACACAUGGUUGAGAAAAUGGCUCUCGAGUGCGGCGAAUAUGCUCAUACCAGAUAUUGGCGCGGCGGAGCCUUUACGAAUUCUGAUGUGCAGUUUAAGGCGGUGACGCGAUUGCCGGAUUUGUGUGUCUUUUUUAACACGUUGAACGAUGUGCUGGCGCAACACACGGCAGUUCGGGACUCGGCAAAGAUGAAUAUUCCGACGAUAGGAAUUGUGGAUACGAAUUGCAAUCCGAAUUUGAUCACGUAUCCGGUGCCGGGAAAUGAUGACUCGCCAGCUGCCAUUGAAUUGUACUGUAAAUUGUUUAAGAAUGCCGUGCUCGUGGGCAAGGCAAAGAGGAAAUUGGCUCUCGAGGCGCAGGAGAAAAUGGAACAAGAUGCAAAGUGAAAAAAAAUUUAAAAGCAAAACUAGAUGAAUAAAUUUAAUUAGAAAGAAAUUUUUUGAAA